AUGGAGCAUCUGACGAAGCAUCAGAGGGAUAGUGCGAUUGGGACUCACGAUCACGAGGACAUUAUACCGGAUGAGAACGUCUGCUCUGAGGCAGAUGAUGAGGCAGUCGAAUACGAUGAUGUGUAUCGUAUGUUUGAUGACAUGUCUUUAAAAGAUUGUUUUCGACACCUUGCUGUUGCACACCAGCUCCCCCGUUCGGUGGUCAAUAUGAUGCUGGCCAUCCUACGGAAGAAACUAGAUUUAAAUCAUCCUAAAGAUGCACGGACAUUGAUUGGUACACCAACCCGUGUUAGUAGUCAAGUUGUGCCUAUCCGGAGAGGUGAUUUUUGGUACGGAGGUUUAAAAUCUGUCCUGAUAAAAUACGUUAAACCUGCAACUGUUUCAAACAUUUCUGCUCCUGAAGAGACACAGUUUUCAUUAGAUGUGUCAAACGACGGGCUACCAUGGAACAAAAGUGGCCCAACUCAGCUUUGGUCCAUUCUUAUGAAGGUGGUAGAGUUGCCAAAGCUUCCGAUUAUGACGGUGGCCACAUUCAGUGGAACGGCCAAACCGGCAAGCAUUGAAGAGUUUUUGCGGCCGCUAGUAGAUCAGCUGAAUGAAAUUCAGCAAGGAGGUUUGAGCGUUGGCGAGAAAACGUUGAAUUUUAAAGUUCGCAAUUUUCUCGCUGACUCGCUGGCUCGAAGCUUCAUAAAAGCAACAACAAGCUUCAAUGGGAUGCACGGUUGUUUAAAGUGUUCUUGUGUAGGAGAAUACAUUCCCCAAGGUAAAAAAGUUAUUUUCGAUGCAUUGGAUGCUCCCCUGCGUACGGACGCAUGCUUUCGAUCAAGAGUAUGUGCGGACCACCAUAAAUUGUGGCGUUCGCCGUUAGAAGAUUUAGAUAAUUUUGAUUUGAUAAAAAACGUGCCUGUUGGCGAGCGUUUGCACCUAAUUGAUCUGGGGGUGACUCGGAAAAUACUCCGAGGGCUUCUAGAAGGCAAAUUUGACAGAUGCCCUCUUUGGUCCCCUCAACUAAAGGAAGCUGUGUCUGGAUUUUUAAAACAAGUACAACUUCCUUCUGAAAUACACCGUUCGCUUAGAAGCGUUCGGUAUGUCGCUUUUUGGAAGGGUACCGAAUUUCGUACCUUCCUGCAUUAUACGAGUGUUGUGGCCCUGAAAGACUGUUUAGAUCCUCACGUAAACAGUCACUUCUUACUCUAUUUUUGCGGUAUAACAAUAUUAUCUUCUUCGUUCUACCAGCACUUAAGGCAUCGUGCGAAAGAUUUCCUUUCCAGAUUAGUAAAGGAUUUCGGCUCGAUUUAUGGUCGUACUCACUUAACAAGCAAUGUCCAUAAUCUUCAACACGUAUAUGAAGAGGUUGCAAUGUUUGGACCGCUUGAUAAUUUUUCUGUAUAUUGCUUCGAGAAUCAUUUACAGCAGAUCAAACGUUGGGUUCGAUCUGGCACGAAGUGUGCGGAGCAAGUGGCAGGCAGAGCACAUGAAAUUGCCACCAUAUACAUGUCUGCCAACAUCUCUGCUCGCACAUAUUUGAAAACAAACGGUAUCGGUUCACACGUGACCGCCGAUUUUGUUCUUUUACCAACAUUUAAAGAUCAAUGGUUUUUAACCAAAGAUAAUGGUAUAAUAAAAUUUUUGGAAGCCAAAAAAACCUCUUCGCUUCAGUUCUCCGUUGUUGGAAUGCGGAUUUUGUCCCAGGCGGCGUUAUUCGAGGUGUCUGCAGAAGGCAAUGAAAUACUAGCAACCUCGUCUGCAGACAUCCUUCAAAUGUCAAAUGGGCACGGAGAACUUCCACCACGAGGUGAACUUGCACCACGUUCGAGCAUGUGGAGCAUGAAGCACUACCGACAGCAACAACGAGAAAAACGUAAGCGUGGGGAAUCGGUCGACGAAAGACCACCAUCAAAUAAUGUCUUCAACCUAAACUGUGACUUCUCGAUGUACGAAGUUAAAGACUCAGAUUCGGAUUAG